GAAUUAAAUCGAAUCCGUAAAGAAUAUCGUGAAUGUGAUAAUGAACGUCGUGAAUUACGUCUACAACUUGUAAUGUUACGAGGUGAACUUGGUUUAGCCCAAUGUCAACUUGCAGAAAUGUUAUCGAAUCAACGGCGGAAACAAUCCGAAACAAUAUCGAAUGUUUCGAUUAUCAGCGCAAAUGGUAAAUCAUCAUCAUCAAUGCAAACUAAAAGAAAAAGAAUUAAAUCUAGAUUGCUUCAAGACAGCCAUUUGGAUGAAUUUUGUGAUACGAUGGAUUCAUCCUCGGCAAUCUUCUUUACAGCUUGUAGUUCAGUGACCUCUUCUCUUAACGAGAUUGUAUGUUCGACAAGCGAACCAGAUUUAUUUGCUACAAAAUUUGAGGGUGUUCGCGAAUAUCGUCUUCCCAGUCAUGACUAUCGUGAUUUCUGUCUUUUACCAGUUCGUUGUCGAGAAUCUCGCAGACCAUCAUACCUUGGAAAAACCCAGCACAAUUCAGUGAAACAUGAAAAAAUGAUCAAAGAAAAAAAGUGUCAAAUAAAAUCACUCGGUGAAAUUGAUCAUCAGGAAAAAGAUAUUCGUGAAAAGAAUUUCUAUGAUAGGCGAUCAGAAUGGCGGUUGUCAUCAUAUGAAGAGCAAAGUGCAAAGAAUAGGCAAAAAUUAAGAAAUCUGGAAAAACAGAUCGCUGAGUUAGAGAAAGAGCAAGCAAAAUUAACGGAUAUUGAA